CCUCAUGGGUGUCCCAGACCAUCUGGCAGGGUUGACAUACUCGCUGAUGACUUUCUGCUGGGUUUCCCGAGGCGUGCGGUGCCCUGCCGUCCCGAGUCUUCGUCUUUCGACGUCUUGGAUAUGGGGGGGGGGGAGUGGCAUGCGCAGCUUCUGAAACGAGCGCUCUUGAGUCGUGCUCGCCGGCCGUCGCCCAACAGCAUCUCUACCCGCAUCACGCCGUGCUCAUUUUCGUUUGACCGCUCGUCUGCACAUCGGAGGGGCUGCGGUCGCGCAAGUCGCAAAAGAGCUUGGACGAGGAUCUCAAACGCACACGGUUUGUCCUUGGACCGGCCGAGCGUUUCAAACACGUGUCUUCUCGCCGGAGAGUCAGCCUUCGCGGCUUGAGCAGCGACAGCUUUUCACCCUGCUGGCAAUCCCCCGAGGAUCUUGCGGCAUGCGAGAAAAUUUGGAUGUUUGACGGGACUCUGAUCGAUGCCGCUCCGCCACAUGCUCCCUAAGCCGCGUGCUACCGAAAUGCUCAUGAAUGCGAUGCCAGGCGAGCAUCCUCCAGCGUCACCGCGCUCUUACGAGCGCGGCAGUGACACCUUCGAACAUGCCUCUCGACGAAUGCUGCCAAGCGACCGUCAAUGCGCGGGCUGCAGCUGUCAAGAUGCAUACCCGUUCAGCGAAAGUAUAAUAAAGACUGCAUACGAACAAGUCAUGUGAUUUACACGGAUUGUCCUGUGACAUGCUGAAACAGCAACAGCAGUGAGGACAGUUGGCACUCCAAUUUUUGACAUUUACAACUGCGAUCUCAGGCUGCUGAUGGAUCCAAUCGUGCCUCGUCACACACUGGACUACAUGCUCUCUCAGGACAGGAUCAAGCCUGCUCUUCUUGUACGUCUGAGACAACGUCUUGGGUCAUCAAAACUGGAGUCCAGCGCUGAGCGAGCGGAGGGCGGGGAAGAUGCAGAGCCGACUGCCGACAGCAGACCAAGUAGUCUGUCAGCGCCGUCUUUGCACAAAAGUCCGUCACGAAGCGGAAGGCAAGCUGGAUUCGAGACCGCGCCCGAUUCUGGAGGCGAGCCGUCUUCGCGUCGAAAAAUGCCGAGCGACGUGAAGCGGUCCAGCUCGAUCAGGGCGCCCGCACUCCAGAACGUGGACCAUCAGCAGCCUCGUCCGUCGCCGAAACCGUCGCUUCUCGAUCUGCCCCGCGAACUGAGGGACAUGAUCUUCGAAUGGUUGUACAGCGACUGGAGCGUCGGCGGUGCCAAGUCACUUGCGCUCCUAAGAACGUGUCGGCAGCUCUACCACGAGGCUAGCAAGGUCGCAUUCGAGAGGGCGCUGUUCAGAAUCCACACGGAGCACUGGCCCAACCCCGAGCACUUUCGAGCAAGACAUCUGGCCCGGAUCGCGCCCGACGCCAGGGCGGCGAUUCGACACUUGGCCCUUCGCCUUCCCCGCGGCAUGCCGCACGACCGAUACGCGUCCGCCCGCCUGGACACGGACCUGGCCGGCCUCGGGUUCCGGUUGACGUCGCUGGUCGUCUUCUCGCACCUGCCGCGCCCGCUGCCGCACGUCUCCGUGUACGGCGGCGUGCUCGAGUCCAGCCUGUGCGCCUGGCUCAAGCAGGCCCUGUACGCGAUGCCCAGCCUCAGGCACGUCUGCAUCCUGAACUACGAGAGCGCGACGCCCACGCUGCACGACAUGCCCAGCCCGCGCCUGAUCCGCAUGCUGCGCGGCUCCAUCUUCGAGGACGUCAUGGCCGACUGCGAGACGUGGACCGAGCAGAACUUCGAGUGGCGCUGCCUGACCGACUCGCUCGAGUCGUCCAUGUCCAACUGCACCCCGGACGAGAAGACGUACCGGCUUUACUCCUCCAAGCUGGCCCGCUCCGUCGAGAUCGUCUUUCGCUCCGAAAAGUUCCUGCCGCACUACGGCCUCGCUCACCUCGCAACCGAUCCCCAGGACGAGUCGAGCCUUCCGGCCGCGAUGCGCGAACCCAUGAUCCAUCUCGAUUGCCCCGCGAGAAUUCUGGCCCAGAAGAGCUCGAUCCCGUGGUGCAAGCGCUGGCCCAGCGAGCAGAUCUUGCAGCGCGCAUGGCCCAGGCGCUCCGGAGAUGCAGAUGCACAGUCCAAAAUCCUAGGCUCCGAUGCCAUGACCACCAGAAUGAGAUCAUUGGGGAGGAGACUGAGUCUGUCAAGGUGACGUGGAAAAAAAAUGUGGACUUGAUUGUUCGUGACUAAAAGUCCUUUUUCACUUGAGAACCCAAAAGCAUCAUGGAGGUUUGGGGAGGGGAAAGAAAUGUAUGAGAGAGAGCUGUGUAUAAGCUUUUAAACAUCUUCAUUAUCGUCAAGAAAUAAAAAAAAGAAAACAUUUUCAACGAAGUAGGUACACGGUCCACAUCAAUGGUAUUAAAUCCAUGACGAGAGAUGAGAUGAGG